AUGUCACUGUGGAUUCGUCCUGCUUCACUUUUCCCUCGAUUCGUCGAGGAGGCCAUGCGAGAUUUCCGUCAUAUGGAACGAAUGAUGUUCGCUCCGCUGAGUCGUGUGAUUCCUAGUGAAACCGUUUCGGAGGCUGCGACAACUGAAAUGGUCAACAAUGAGUCCAAGUUCGCAGUAACGAUUGAUGUGUCAAAGUUUAAACCAGAGAACCUGAAAGUGAACAUUGAUGGUCGGCAAUUGACCAUCGAAGGCAAGGAGGAGUCCAAGGAAGACAACAAUUAUUCCAUGAGGUCUUUCGUUCGCCAAUGGGUGCUGCCAGAGAACGUUAAUCUGGAGGCCAUUCGUUCGUCACUGUCCGACAAUGGUCGACUUUCCAUUGAAGCGCCAAAACUGUCAAAGCCAACGGAGUCCGGAAGAAGCAUUCCUAUCGAACGAGUCAGUGAGAAGCAAUGA